CUACUGCAAACUUGCACGCAAGGUAAUCUACUAUGUCAAUAAAGGUUGAUGUGAUCAUUUUCUUCUUAUAGGGUUUGUAAUUGCACCGACUCACGUUAGGUUUCAGUUAGCUGGCCACUAAUGGAUUAAACCUAUGCAGUCCAAAUACCCCAUCUUGAGAUCAAAAUAUUAAAAACGAGUUAUUUAUGGAGAGAAAGUUACUAUUCAUCUAUGCUUAUUUGCACGCGGCAUCUCAGAUCUGAAGUUUUGGCGCGAGAUGAGCGGGUUUCGCGGGGAGUGGAGCGUGCUUCCAAGGCACUGAGCUUUAAGAUUUUUGGCGCUGCUGCUGAAGAGAGGUAACUCAGGGGUGGCCAGGUGGCCUUUUCAGUAAAGCCGUUCAAUAUUCAACUUCCAAAUAACCAUAAUUACAGAAAUAUCCCUCAAAGACAAUAACUGAAACAAAGUGACAACAGAGUUGGUGGAAGGAAUUUACGAGGGUUUUAUUUCAUGGAGUCGAUCAGCGAGAACUUCACAAUGACGCACAAAUACCACCGCAGCUGCAAAGCGCAGCACUAUGCCAGCAGAACAGUCUCCACCAGGAGCCAGUGCAGGACCAUGCAGGGAUUCUUUGAAAGGCUCCCUGCCGAGGUGCUCGACAUGGUACUGGAGUGCCUCUCUGUUAUGGACAUCAGUGUGUUCAGCAUGGUGUCCAAGGCCAUCAACAGCUACAUCACAGGCUACGUGUCUACACAGGCCUGGAGGAACAGGAUGAUCAUGCUCAAGUUCCACCACUCUGCCUCACCCACACAGGAGGACUGCAUUCUGGACCACUACAGGUCCCUCGGAGUGUUGUUCAAGAGAUGCACCCUCUUGCUGCCAACAAAGGACAGGUUAAAGUUUAUUUAUAGCAAGUUUUCACAGGUCCCCUGUUUCACAAUGGAGCGUUGUACGUCAUCUCCUGGCUGUCUGGGCUUUGCCAGCUAUGGAGUGUUUCUGCAGACAUUGAUAGCCGGUUGGGAUGAGUUGGAAUGCCAUCGUGUUUUCAACUUCCUGUGCGAGUUCACCAAUCUUCCCCGCAAGAUCGAGACCAUUGUCAAUGGAAAGCCUGGAGCGUGCCACAAGCUGGAGCUGCAGAUCCGGCUGUUUUGCAGGAACGUGCUGCUGGACCCCUGGCAGAACCGGCGGGACACUCUGUUCUGGCUGACCCGCAUCCUCAAGCUCUGGCCCAUGGUCAGCCAGGCCCGGCUGCUCUUCGUCCUCUACGGCCCCCUCCUCCCAGACGGUAAGAUUGGCUGGCACGAGAUGCUGGAUGGUGUGGUGGCGCAGUGCGGGCUCUGGGACCUGGCCAAGGCUGUGAUUCUGCUCUACACCGACGCUGAGGCCAAGGACUGGUCAGCUGACACCCUGCUCGGAAUCAUAGAGGAGAUGACAGUGGUGCCUGAGGCCUGGCACAUGGAGAACAUGGCUCGCCUGCUGGUGCUGUGCGGGAACAGCAUCUGCUACAGCGUGCUGGCCAGCAGAGCUGUCAACCGACGCUUCCUGGAGAUCUCGCGCCUCAUCGUCUUCCUCAUUCUGGUGUGUGAGAAGGACGGCUUCUGCAUGUCCUGGCCGGUGAAGAUGAUGCAGCAGAUCUGCAAAGUCUUCCCCACGUCCGAAGACAAGUGGUCCUUCGUCAAGGGCGUGGAGAGCAUGCUCUCGGAGGUCGCCAUGGAGAUGUAUGAGGUCAUCAUGGCAGGUGAGCGAAACAAAGAGCUGGACACAUUCCAGAGCCUCUGCAACCUGCUGAACGCCAGCUCCCACUUCCACACAGAGAUGGUCUACAUGUUCCUCAAGAAGGACUGACCCUCUGGACAAGCAGAACCUCAGGGCCAAGGGGAACCAUGUACGUUUUUUAUUUAAAUGCAGACAUUGCCAUCUCAUUACAUUUUAAGGUUUACAUUUUAAGAUAGCAAUGAAUCCCCGCCCCGGUCAUGAACUCAAUAGCAGACAAUCACUGAGAACUUGUAAUUGGUAGUUUCCCCAAUUAUUUCUGUCAAUCUCCUCCCCUUAAAGUAGUAUAUUUAUAAAUGUGUUUUUCCUAUUUAUUUACUAUUUAUUUAUGUAUAUUAUAUAAUUUAUAAACUUAAUGUGGAACUGUAUGUUGUGCAAGGGUUUUUUAUUGUAUAAUGGUUUUACAUUCAUGCAUUGAUUGCACAGUCCAUUCUCAAUACUGUUUUAAAGAUGUAAGCUGCAGUUAAUUGGUUUAUUCUUUUGGUGCAGUUUUGCAGAACUUGAUGGGAUAAAUGGUGCUUUCAGUCCACUAAAGAUGAAUUGAUUUUAUUCUUUAA